AUGUAUCGCCAAAUUUUAGUUGAUCCUAAGGAAACAAAAUUGCAAAGAAUUGUGUUCCGCAGAAAAUCCAAUGAAGAUUUAAAAGAGUAUGAGUUGAAAACCGUUACUUUCGGUGUUAAUUGUGCACCUUUUUUGGCAAUUAGGACUUUGCUUCAAUUAGCUGAAGACGUAGAAGAUAAAUGGCCCUUAGCAUCCAAAAUUUUACGACACAUGAUGUAUGUGGACGAUGCUUUAGCAGGAGCGCACGAAAUUUCUUUAGCUGUAAAAGCUCGCGAUCAACUUAUCUUAGCUCUGUCAUCUGCUGGGUUUUCUAUGAGGAAAUGGACAUCAAAUAAUGAGCGAAUUCUUCAAUGUAUUUCGAAAGAAGAUCUUUUGAAUGAAAAUUUUUUGGAAAUUAAUGACGAAAGCGUAGCUAAAACAUUGGGUAUACGGUGGAAUGCGAGAACUGACAGAUUUUAUUUUUCCACUUCCGCAUUCUCUUCAAAAGAAAGGUUUACAAAAAGGGAGGUCUUAUCCACUAUUGCUAAGCUUUUUGAUCCAGCUGGAUGGUUAGGACCAAUAGUAGUAAUAGCAAAAAUACUGAUGCAGCAAAUAUGGAGCGAAAAAACUAAAUGGGAUGAUGAUAUUUCAGAGGCUGCCUUAAUAAAAUGGAAACAAUUUCUUUGUGAUUACCCAGCAAUAAAUGAUAUUCAGAUUUAUCGCUGGAUUGGUUUUAAGCCUUCUACAACUCUUGAGGUACAUGGAUUUUGUGAUGCUUCGGAGAAAGCAUAUGGGGCUUGUAUUUAUAUUCGGGUUUAUGAUGAUGAAAGUAUAAUAAAUUCAAAUUUACUAAUAGCUAAAUCUAGGGUUGCCCCACUUAAAACUAUUUCGUUACCCCGUCUUGAGCUUUGUGGAGCUCUUUUGUUAUCAGACCUGUUGCAAACUGUUCGAAAAGAAUUUAAGUUAGAAAAGAAUCAAACAAAGUUUUACACUUGGAGUGACUCGAUGAUUGUUUUAGCAUGGCUGCAAAAACCUCCUAAUUCGUGGACAACAUUUGUGGCUAAUAGAGUUUCUAAAAUUAUUACCAGAACUGGAAAUGAAUGUUGGAGACAUAUAAACUCUAAAGAUAAUCCUGCUGAUCUAAUAAGUCGUGGUAUUCGUCCACAAGACUUAGUUAACAACUCCCUUUGGUGGAAUGGUCCAUCAUGGCUUUGUUCUCCCCAGAAUUUUUGGCUAUCUCCAUCAUCGAGAGAUUUUGGUACAAGUGAGGAGCAAAGAGUACAUAAAGUUUUUUUCUCAUAUUUUGAAUCGUAUUCGGAUCUUUUAGAACAUUUUUCGUCAUACGCAAGAGCUCUUAGAGUAAUGGCUUACGUAUAUAGAGCUAUUGAUAGAAUUUUAAAAGUUAAUAAAGAUUGGAUUACUACUUUAGAGGUAUCAUCUGAGGAACUGAAUUUAGUAAAAGAGAAACUAAUUAUAAUCGCACAAAAAGUUGAGUUUGCCCAUGAAUAUUAUGAACUUUCAUGUAGAAAAUCUUUAACUAAAAGUAAAGUACUAAAUCUAAAUCCUUUUUUGGACGAAAGGGGUUUAAUGAGGGUAGGAGGUCGUUUGGCAAAUGCUCCAAAUUUGCAAUACAAUGAAAAAUUUCCCAUUUUAUUACCAAGCAGCUGUCAUUUUGCUAAAAUUCUUGUGAAAUUUAUUCACGAAAUUACUUUACAUGGUGGUAAUCAGCUAAUGUUAAGAGUAUUAAGGACACAAUUUUUCAUACCUCGGGCUAAAAAUUUGAUAAAGACUGUGAUUGGUCGGUGUAAGACAUGUACAAUUAGGAAAAAGCAGACACAGAGUCAGAUUAUGGCAGCACUUCCUACAGCUCGUACCGUUAUCUCUCGUCCUUUUACCACGACUGGCGUGGACUUUACUGGACCUUUCGAAAUUAAGAAUUAUACUGGCCGAGCCUGUUUAAUAACAAAAGGAUAUGUUUGUGUUUUUAUUUGCUUCGCUACAAAAGCAAUCCAUUUAGAAGCCGUUAGCAGCUUAUCAACUCCAGCGUUCUUGGGAGCAUUUUCUAGAUUUAUUUCCCGUCGUGGUUGUCCUAGGAAUAUGUAUUCAGAUAAUGGGACUAAUUUUGUUGGAGCAUCUAGAGUACUACAAACUGAAUUUCGUUGUUUUCUUCGUGAUGUAGGUGCCGAAGUAAAUGCGAGUUAUGCACACCAAGGUAUUAAAUGGCAUUUCAACCCUGCUAGCGCUCCCCAUAUGGGUGGAUUAUGGGAAUCAGGUGUUAAAAGUUUUAAACACCAUUUUCGAAGGAUUGCAGGAGGUUUAAAAUAUACCUUUGAGGAAUUCUCUACAUUACUAGCUCGAAUUGAAUCUUGUCUUAAUUCGAGACCCUUGUGUCCAUUAUCCGACAGUUUUGAAUGUUUAGAUUGUUUGACCCCAGGCCAUUUUCUUACUGGCGGACCACUACUUGCUCCCCCAGAAGUUGAAGUUUUGGAAUGUCCAACUUCGGUUAUAAAUCGUUGGCAGAGAGUUAAAGCGUUAAAUCAACGAUUAUGUUCUAGAUGGAAGAAUGAGUAUCUGAAAGAUCUCCAAAAACGAAAUAAGUGGAAAUUCGCACUAAAAGAUCUGGAAGUCGGCGAUAUGGUAGUUAUUAAGGAAGAUAACAUGCCGACUAAUGAAUGGCGUUUAGGUCGGGUAGAAAAAUUACAUAGGGGUAAGGAUGGCCACGUUAGAGUUGUAGGGGUAAAAACAGCACGAGGCUCAAUAAUAAGACCAGUUGUGAAGCUCGUAGUUCUUCCAACUUAUUAG